GCAUCAGUGGGCGCAUAAUAACUGGUCCGAACGCAACCACACACUCAGUGAGCGAUUGUCCGCAACGGGGAACGCGUGUCGUCUCGACACUCGAACAUUGCGCGUGACCAUACACGAUAAUUUAAAUACGAUCGAUAUUUUAAAAAGUUAGUUACCCAAAUCAGGUAUGGACUAGUGUUAGUUGCAGUGUAAGUGCUACCAUAUUGAGAAGCAAGCAUAGAAAGAAAAGCUAAAAAUCUUCGAGUGCAGAUUAUGGAGUGGUUUCUCCUGAUGCAUUGCUAUAAUAGAAUAUGGUAGACAGCAUGCUGACGAGGUGGUUACCGCUCGCGCUGAUGGCGGUAAGCUGGCGGCUCACAGAAGCCUGCACAUGUGCACCAGACCAUCCACAGACACAUUUCUGCUCCAGUGAUUUUGUUAUAGUAGGUAGAGUACAAAAAACUUUCAGAGGCGCCGACUUCUACGACGUAUAUAAAGUGAAAAUUCGCAAUAUAUUUAAAGCAACAUCAAAAGCAGUCGUUGUACUUAGAUCUGGCCGCUUAUUUACAGCAUCUCAAGAGUCUAUGUGUGGUGUCCAUCUCCAGCCCAGAGAAACUUAUGUCAUCACAGGCAAUGUACGACAUUUACAAGCUCAUAUCAACCUCUGUGGGUAUACGAGAAAAUGGCGCGACGUAACGCCUCGGCAACGGAAAGGAUUCAGACUCCUAUAUAAACGAGGCUGCACAUGCAAAGUGCACAUGAUGCGACGACGCACAAAAUCGCCGAACGCUUGCGUGGCGAACUACGACGAUUGUUACGAGCGACAUGGUAUUUGUCUACAUGACCGUGAUGGACGCUGCCGUUGGACAAGAGCUCCAGCUCUCACGAGAUGCACGCAGGCACAUUACUUCAAUACCACUAUGAUGAUACCAUGACUUGAUUAAAAGGAAACCGAAUCGACUAACUAAAAAUAUAAAAAUUUGCCUACAUUUGUAUAUCUAGAUACCACACAGAAUGAUGGGUUCGUUUACUAUUUUUGUAUCAAGCAAUCGAACCAAAAGUAAGAUAUUUAAGAUGACAGUCCGUAACUACGUUAUUUUUGGUCAGCAUAUACUUUGUUAUCAUUAAGGCGGAAUAUUUGGAAUCUAUAAACUUCUACAAAGUUUUUUUUUUUAAUAAUUGUAAUACUGAUGGUAUACUGUUAAUUAAUAAUAUUUAUUGUCGAUAUAAAAUGUCUAGAUAAUUCUAAUAAGAAAGUUAUCAAUACAUAACAACCUAAAUAUAGUAGUUCUUUUUUACAGAUUGGCAAAGUAUCAAAAAUUGUGACAUAAAUAUACGAGUAUAGGUGUUGAAAGGACUAAAUAUUAUAAUUCGGUUCGUAGUACUUUCACGGACUAAAAAUAAAUCAAUAUCUUUGUCUGAAUAACAAUAAUAAUACAACAAGCCAUCAUUGUUGAAUUGUCAACUAACCAAUUCAUUACCUACCUAUAAUAACUAUAGUAGUUACUAAACUGUAAUUUACUUUGCAAGGCAGUAAAAAAGCCGCGGGACCUGAUAAAUGUCUUUCAAAGGAAAAUGGCGGCGUUAGAAUACACUGAUUUGACAUUGUGUAUGAAUGGAGGCACUUUCAUAGUGCUAUGCACAUUAUGUGGUCAUGAAAAGUGUGUGAAUGGAAACAAAAUUUUAAUGUAACGAAUUUGUAUUUAAAUUAUUCUUCAUUGUAUUUUUGAUGAUCUUUAUUGUUGUUUUGUUUUUUGUCCUUCGAGACAAACAUAUUUAACGUUAUUUUUACUUUAUUUAGUUUCUAAGAAAAGAAUUGUAAAUUAACAAAAAAUAGUGAUAUUAUCGUAUUAGGUUAAAAUAAAUUAUAAAGCGAA